UCGCUCCAGGUAGACAUACAAUCACCGGGCGUGAUUUACUCUUUUUUCCUUGGACAGGCUUCCCGACCUUCUAAUUAAUACAUCUUUUUGUCCGUCACUUUCACCUGGCCCCAUAUAUAUUGUCGGGUUCCCAGUCGUUCGUUCAUCUCUUUCUUGCCAUGGCCUCCCAAAGUUCUCAGUCCAGCUCUCCUUCUGCGUCUCUGCCAUUCCCUGCGCUCGCACCGAUCACGGCCCAUGAGCUGCAAUAUCCCGAUCGCCCGUCAUCUCAGCCCAAGCAAUGCUCCGCCUCCAGAAUGAUCGUGCACCCAUAUGCUCGUCUGUACGCCAAAAAAGAAGAGGGAAAACGUCGCAAGAUAUGGAACCAUGCCCUUGAAAAAUCGCUUUUCAACGCGUACGAGUUGUCCACCCUGGGAGCCCCCCAUCGACGGACAAUUUACAUGGCAAGCCUUGAGGCCCACAUCGAUCGCUUGCAUGCCCAGCUCCUUAGUCUCGGGUUUUGGCCGGUUAGCUUCGACGAGCUAGAACCGUUCAAAGGCUUGAAUUCAAAAACGGCAAAAGUUCGUUCUUUUUACCUAACAAUGCAACAUCAGGUGACACUGUCCCCUGAUUUUCAGAGUAUGGUGUCGGGUCUCCAGUACGACGCAUCAAUAGCGAAGCUCAAGUUGCUCGAACUAGAGCGUGCGGUAAGUCUCGACUUCCGGAGAUUAAAUUUCGUUGUCCUAAUGCCUUGCGGACGCAGAACAAUGCUCUAGUCCGUACUUUAGGCCGUUCAGACGUGCCCGAACCCUAUACCGGAGAAAUUUGACCACCUAAUGUGUCGCUAAGACUCAGCAUCAGUCUGAAAGUAAAACUCAACGGAACACUCGCAUCCAUGUAUCAUAUCCAUUCAAAAUAAAGUUUUGUUAUUGCCACCUGUGCUUAUUCAUGAGGG